AUGUCUGAGCCACUCACCAAGGUCGACUCUGCCGUGCAAGGUCUCUCAUCCUCUCCGCCCAAGGGAAAGAUCGGCCAUAGGAGGCAGAGCUCCAGCGCGGAAGGUGUCCGGAACAUCAAUGACCUAGAAAAGGAGGGAGUUGAGCUCCAAAUCGCGAAAGAGACGCAAAAGACGGGAUGCCCGAACGGUCCACCACUAACACUGCCUGCCCCGCCCGUUAGGAAGAUCAACACGUCACCCUCGACGGUAGAGGAGAGGGAGAUCCUCAAGAAGAUGCUCACCACACCACCGGUCAAGAAGAUUGACCUGCACUUCCCGCUCGGCCUCGAGGUAACGGCAAGGAACCUCAAGGGCGUCACGAUCAAGGAUGCGAUGGACGCGAUCCACAAGGCAUUCAAGAAGAGGGCAGAUGACGAGCUCGACCAACCCUACCUCGCGGGCUUCGAGUGGGACAAGGAGGAGUCAUGGACCCGGCUCAUCGUCCACCUGCAGAGGGACAGCGGCGUCUCGCAGACCAAGAGCAGUAAGAAGAAGAACAAGGGUGGUGACGAGUAG